AAGGAGGUUUAGUCGCUGGACACACACCAAACAAUUUCUACAUUAUUACUUGUAUUUGCAAUAAGCAACUUAACAAUGGGUGAAUUUAACUUGGUUACUUUUUUGGUCGCUCAACUGGGUUCGCUACCCAGUAAACCAUUAAAUUUCUCCGCAGUAGAUACAACCACAAGCAUGGCAGAUUUCAAUUUUACAAACGAGUUUGUUUACACCAAUAUCUCUCAUUUUGUGAAUACUGAAUCAAUAAGUGAUGUGCCAGUCCCAAAGUUUUGGGUUGUUGGGGGAGGGUUCAGAUUUAAUGUACCCUGGAACGCAAGUCAGGAUUCUUCUAUGAGUUACUGUGGUCUAGGAAACUUUCUUGGCAUGUCAAACAUUGACUGUUUAUUUCACAAGAUAAAGCUAACAAGGGGAAAUUUGUCAAUAUUACCCACCCCGGAAGAAGACCAUCUCACUCAAUCUUGCUUUGACCUGUGGGAGCAUUUUGCUGUUCCAGUGUGUCAUGGGUUAAAUUCUACCAAGCUGGACACGGUUAUAACAAAGGAAAAGUAUAGAGAGUAUAUGUCAGGAACCAUUAAGUCUCUUAUCGCCAACAAUGUGGAUCAUUAUUGGCUUUAUGUGUUAUAUUACUUCUCGAUGGGGAUGAAUGACCAGUUUUUUGUCGGGGACCCUUACGACGUCCAUGUACACGUGAGGAAAAAUCUAGCCACUAUCUCCGACUCAUGUAUUCAAAGUUACAUGACCGGUUCAACUGUCAAGUCGAAGUGGGACAAAUUUGUUUCCAAUGGGCACAACUUUUACAAAAACGAUACUGACUACUUAAACUGGGGGUUGGAUCAGGGGUGUUUUGGAUUAUGGGAUACUCGAGUAUUGCAAUAGUGACAGAUUUUCAUUGGCAGUUAAAGCUGCAGCAGAAAGGAUAGCUAUGUCGAAAGAUUUUGUCCAUAGACAAUUUGUCCCUGAAAUUGACGUAUGGUUGCAAUAUUAUUUUCCGGGAACGUCAUGGAACUCUGCCCCAUUUACAACAUUGCUACCAGCAGCGGCAACCCAUGGACAUAGCUUAGAAUACAUGUUGGACAUAGGAGUUCCGGAGCCCUGUAACCGCACCUAUUGUAUCCCCCCACUCAAUCCACGUUACGCUCAUGGAAGUCCUGCAAAGAAGCAAAGAGUAGACAUUAUGCCUUCUGAACCAGAUCCCCCGUCAUCAUCAUCAACCGCCCCCUCGCAGCCCGUACCUGACGAACUUGACUGUUCUGAAGAUGCAGCAGCGGCAACUAAGGAGUGUAUGCACGUAUUUAAUCAUGACACCGGUGAGUAUUCUAGUAUAAUGAUCAACGAAUUAUCUAGGUCGUCACACCCACUAACCCGAAACGAGUAUAUCGAAAUUAAAUAUGUUGAUUAUGCACCGCGUAAAAAAACGUGAUAAAAAGAAUGAGAGGAUGUAAAUUACUUAUAUUUAACAGCGUUGAGCAAAAAGUUUUCCUACUCGGUAAUUUAAACAACGUUAACUUCCCUGAUAACGGAUUGUUUGUCAUAUCUGGAAAUGCUAUACAAACUUACGACUACAUCCAAUAUGUACCGUCCAGGCUCGACAACUUUAACUUAUUACCGUCUGGUGACGAUGAACCAGUUGUAGUUAUGCUUUUACGGAGGCAGAAGGAAGAUCCAGAUAUUCCUAUAUCUGAAUGGGAUUUAUUAAAAGUAGGAAAAAGGUAUGUUUUGGAUUUAAAUGAAAAAAUUACAAUCAAAACUCAAGUGGCAGAGAAGGUUGUGAAUUUAUGGGAUAUUAUAAAGAAAACAAUAGUCGAUAUGCAGAUCUUCGGUCGACAUAAAAAUUUGGACUUACAGUUCUACACCCAGUUAUGUAACAGGUUUCAGGAAUGUAACUUUGUUCUCUAUCAUUCAUUGUAUGAGACUUUAAGACCAGGCGAAACAAUGGGGUGGUGUAGUUCUGUUAAAAAUAUGAUUCCACGACCAUUCAAAUUUGCAAAUUUUAAACGAGGCUCGCCAACUCCAGGUACUGACAAUGAUUGCGAGGUUACAACAUUUUUGACAGACGUAUUGGAGCAUGAAAAUGAGCCAUAUUUGACCACUGAGGGUGUGGUGUCGAAGCCGGUAGGAGGUAGACAGUGUCCUAAGCAACCUGAUAUCGUUGCAACGAAAUUACUAACGGAAAUAGAAUAUGAAAUUUCCUCAAUUAGAAAAGAAUUCAACAAUAGUUUCAGCAUUCCUGAGUACCCAUUGGGACGAUUUAGUGAACACAUAGCAAAUUUCAUAAGCUUAGAUUCAAUGGAAAGCAAGAGGUUGGGGGAAAAAUUGGGCCCACUACAAAUAGUCGAACAUCCUUUAUUUCAAUAUGCUAGAGGAAUUAUUUGUUCAGUUUGCAGAGAAAGGGUUCAUUCAUCCCCCCAUACCAUAAAAACACAAGCAAGAGAUGCAUUAAUGCAAGAGGAGGGCUAUUAUGGUAGCGACGAAAAAAGAACUACGUAUUACGUCCUAGGCCAUCUUGAAAAGAAUGUGCACCUUCAGUCAAUUCUACAUUACGUACGUAAUAAAAGAAGAAACUUCCUAGCAGACAGAAAUUUACGACCUAAAUAUCUUCCCACGGAAGGAACUGACAUACAAAAACUAGAAAAUCAUUUCAAAGCUGCAUACGGUAUGGUCAGGUUAGGGCUAGCACCUUCAAACUAUUAUACUCUUACAUCAAUAAUAAAAAGCACUGGAGGGGUGGUUGGUCCUCAUCUUGUCAGUCCAAAGUCAGCAUUCAAUAUGAUAAGUUUUAUGGCACAAGAAAUCAAAUCUAGCGUGGUUUCAUACCUAAUUGAAAAGAACAGACCUUUUUCCCUAAUGAUGGACGGAACGUCCGACCUUCAAAAUAGGCAUUUGAUUGUUAUAUUCAUUCAGACACACGAAGGGAACAGACCUCAAACUUACCUUUGGAGGCUUGGAGAAAUGAAGGGAGGUUCUACUGCACAAGAUUACAUUAAUUUGAUUGAUACUUAUGUUAAACAAGAAACAAUUGAAUUUCAAUCUUAUUUUAUGAGAAGGAUGGUAAGUCUAAUAACUGAUGGCGAAAAUACAAUGAAAAAGUUCCACAGAGACUUUGAUCAAUAUUACAAAAAGAAAUCAUACAACGGGGAGGUAAUUAAACUCGUUCAUAUUCUAUGCUUGGCUCACAAACUUAAUUCAGCAACAAGAGCUGCCCUGAUACCACUAAAAAGGGACACAGAUUUAGGGCCUGAAAAUUGUUUACCAUCAUUUGCUAAUGUUGAACUUGUAUUAAACUCAGUAGCCACGUGGAUAAAAAUUGCUCAUACAAGAAUAUCAGCAUUCCGUGCUAUGCAAGAGUCUCUAGAUUUACCAAAAAUUCAACUCAUGCGAAUUUUUGAAGGAAGGUGGGUAGCUUCUGAAUACCGCAGUAUAGAUAACUUUAUAGAAUCACUUCCAACUUUAAUUGGAGUUCUGCAAGACAUGGCCACGGAUCCUACUCUGCAAGCAAAUAUCAGGGACGACGCAAACAAAAAGUUGAACGAAGUUAGGGACCCCCGUUUCAUCUUUGUUCUUCAUGCAUUGCUUGAUUUUACAUACACAUUUAAACAGUGGUCUAUUUCUAUGCAAAAAUCUGGAGCUUUAGCUAUCGAUCAGUCAGAGGCUUACAAAAACGUAUUGUUGGAUAUGGAUAAACAGGAAAAGUUUGAAGGAGACAUUUUAGUAGGGUACUUGAAAUUAGUUAAAUGUGAGGUCAAUAAUGAGUGGAUACAGGGUUGCACGGUUGAUCAGUACCUGCAGAACACUCAAAUUGUUUUUAAAAAAGAAGUAUUAAAGACAAGUAACAUGCUUCAAAUUUCCUCUCCAGAAAUCUUAAUUCCAGCACUUGCGAAAAAAGCCAAAUCUAAGUUGGAGGACUAUAUUCCUCUCGAACAGCUGAAAGUGUUAGCCAUGUUCAACCCUUCCAAUUUUCCUGUUUCUAAACAAGCACUCUAUACACAAUGGAAUAAUGAGUAUGACUUGUCAAACUUGCAAGUAGUUUGUAACAUGCUGGGGCUUGAGAAUCCAAAGAUGAUUGAAAGUUGGAUCACACUGGUUAGUUCUAUAAUGGACUCUCCACAAUGGGGUCAGACUAGGAAUAUUAGACCGUCAUCUGCGUUUUGGAUGACAGUAAAAAGUGAUACUUCAGUUGAAUGGGAUGCUAACACAAUCGAGUUAGUAAAUAGCGUUACAACAAUCGUCGUUGGAAGUGUCAAAUGUGAAACUGCUUUUUCUGCGGUUAGUCUUAUUAAAAACGCACAUCGUACUACGCUAUCAACUUUAAACCUGGAAGCAAUUUUGCGAGUAAAAAUGCAAGGUCCUAAGCACAUUUUGGAUUUCGAUCCUGUUAAGUAUGCUUGGUUAUGGGUGAGGGCUGGAAAGUUCACACCUGAUAUGGAGCCCCCAAUUGACAAUGAUGAGGAUGAAGAGAAUGUUGAACAGGUUGAUGAGUUUGUGGUAGCAGAAGAGGGAAUCGAUUUUUCCGAAUUUGAUAUGACUCUCUCCGAAGGAGAAAAAAAUGACCCUGAAAACGAACAUGUGCAGUUUACAGACGUAAAUUCGGAUAGCGUACUAUACUAAACAUACUGUGAAUAUUUAUAUUAUAAACUUAGCAAUAUAAAGCUUAUAAAAUUACUAAUGACGAUACAUUUUUGUAUAAAAUAAGAAUUUGAGAAAAAACUGUAAUUGUGACUUAGGAUAAAUUAUUAAAUAGAAAAAUAAAUAAUUGUACAA